AUGAUAAUAAUAUCAAGUAGACAGUCACGUGGAGAAACAUCUGGCCAUAUAAAAGCAACAUGCUCACUCUGAAUGUCAGUUGAAUACUCAAACUCAUACCAAGAUGAAUUCUCUAGUUUUCGGACUCCUUUUGACCUUCACGUCAGUCCUGGCAGCGCCUUCUCCUCACCCAGGACCGCAGCCGGGACCCCAACCAUCCCCUUCCCCCUUCCAAGGUGGAAGCGUGAGCGGACCAUCUGCCCUAGCCCAGCCACGUCCCUCUCCAGCUGGCCCUACACCUGGAGCUGAUCCGACUAUAUUUGGUGUUGGUGGUUACGGACUUUCUGCAUACGGUUUUGGGUAUCCUUAUAACGGACUGUCUGGAUACCCUGGACUAUAUCCAUGUGCUUCAUCCCCGGGAGUUAUUAACGAUUUCUACGUUAGGCCUUUCGGGUGCGAAACUGGAGGAUUCCUACCAUAUGUUUAUUAAUCCUACAUUCUGUAAUCCUUGUUCAUUUACAUUUCUCAGAAAUAUGUAUUGACUAAUAAAUAUAGCAAAACUUA